AUGGCUCCUACCGUUUUAAUCUUAUCUCUUCUACUUAGCAUACUUAGCAUACAACUAUCUGUAGCAUUGACUAGUGUCUGUAAUCCGCGUGAUGGUACCUAUGGAACUCCAAUUGACAUUCAUAGAACAUGCUCUGUCUACCGUGAUGAUUCGUUUUCCUGCAUGAACAAUACUUUCAUUCACCAAUGGAGUGCUUUGGAAUGUGGUGAUGAGUAUCGUGAUCAAUGUAUAGACAGUUGCCCUGGUUUUGUUGGAAUGAACCUCACGUACGAGUGCUCUUUUGAAGGAGCUCGGCUAUACAGGUACAAGAAUGGCGAGUACCAGUAUUUGAAUGGGUCCUCGGUUAACUACGGUCUACUAUUGCCAGAACAUGCUGGGCUGUACGAGUGUCGCAACAGUGCAAAUGCUGAAGUACAUGCUCAGAAUAUCACUGUGAAUGAGGAGAUUCGUAUCGGUUCACAUUGUAAAGGUUUUCCAUAUAUAGACACUCGAUAUAUGUGCUGUUCUAGUAGCUCUUGGUCUGCCUCAAGUAUUGGGUCAUCUUAUGAAUUUGCUGUGUAUGCAAACCCAGCAAACAAUGUGUCAGUGACUAUUGAGCAAAUUAAAUGGUUGGUAGACAAAGAUGCUAGGAAUGGUGUGGAUAUUGGAUUGUACACACUGCAAAACAAAACUAAUCCUACGAUAUGGAAAGCCGGCUUCAGGUAUAUUCCGUAUAGAGUGACAGACUGGAAUCCGAGAAUUAAAGUCCUCGUUACAGCCAGCACAACCAACUACUCCCAUUCUGUUUGUGUUACAAUUAAUUUUCAAUUGCAGAAAGCAGGUUUACAAAUUGAAAAUACAAGUCUACCUCUGAAUACUACGGUGUCUGCAGGGCAAGAGGCAAUCUUUCAAUGUAGAUACGCUUAUGCUAGCACUAAAGAUGCUAGUCAUUUUCUGAUCAAAAUUGAUUAUUCAAAGCCUGUUGUUUUUGGAAAUACGACAACAAUUGAGACCUGCUCUAUGUACCUUUCUUUAUCAACACCAUACAACUACACCAGUGAUAAUUGUACAAUGCCUCCUGUGAAGAAAGCAGUCAUUAAGAUUAACAGCAUAUCAUCUGUUGUGGAGUACACACUUCGUAUACCAAAAGUGAAUGCUGAUCUCUCUGGAAGUAUUGUAUCUUGCUCAGUGGUAACUUUCUUCACCAAUCGUCUUCAAUGGAGGACGUCUGCCUAUCUAACUGUAAUCGAGUCUGCCAACAUAACUGUAACCGAGUCUUCCCAAGUAACUGUAACCGAUUCAGUAACUGAAGUAUCCACAUCUGGUUCAGAGUUUGCAGCUUUUGUAGUAAUUAUUUUACCAGUCAUUGUUGUUAUUGUUUUUCUAGUACGAAAGUAUAGACAAAGACGUGUCCUCAAUCAGAACAGACAUUCCUAUCGACAUACUCGCUUGUAUGAAUCCCAGUCCACACUCUGUGACACAGAGUCAGAUGGAGCAGUGUGUGUUCAGGAACAAGAUGAUACCUUUGAACGGAACGUGGCCAUAUAAAAUCAGAGUGAACAAAUACAAGAUAGCUGAUGAGACCAACUAAACGGGUGCAUGUGAUAUUUAUAGCUAAUAGUGAGAUACUCAUCACAAUAAUUAUAGUCAUAUUGUCAUGCAUAUUGUCAUGCAAUAUCAAAUUAAUGUCUCAUAUAAUACUUUUCAUCUUUAUAACUUUGAAAUUGUUCACAUAAUUAUAUAUAAUAAUUAUGAUAUGCAUUG